GCACACACAGCGGCAGAUCCACAUUAACCGUUUCCUCAUUUUUAGAGUAAUUUGCCUAUUUUUCCAGUGUUUUUCGCGUUAAUUAUUGUAUAAUUAGACCAUCAAUCAAAUUUCCAAUACCAUUUUACAGUUUUCUAUCAAUAUACAAUAAUAUAAUCGCAAAUAAAGCCUCUCAAGGUCGGUUUUACAAUUUCCAUUGGCCACAAUCCAUAAUGGAAAUGGAUGAAUUAGAGCAUCAGCAGAAUAUAGAGCAGCACAACUUAGAGCAAGAUGAUGAGGCAAUGGAGGGUGCAGGGGGCGAAGGCGACGUUGAUGAAAAUGUGCAGAAUUUUGAGGAGGAUGUCGGCAUGGAUGGGGACGAAGAAGGGACAGAUGAUUAUGAAUAUUCUAGUGACAAUUUUUCUAAUGAUUUUGGUGCAAAGAGGGGCCGAGGUGGUCCUGGAAGAGGCGCAUUUGGCAAAGGUCCACCAAGAUGGUCAGGUCCAGGAGGCCCUAGAGACGGCCCACCUCCAAGAUUCCGUGGAAGAGGAGGUUUUGGACCGCCACCAGGAAUGUUUAGGGGACGAGGUGGCCCACCACCAUUGUUCAGAGGAGGCCCACCUCCACGAGGUCCACCAGGAUUUAAUGGCCCACCACCCAAUUUUGGAGAAAAUGGACCUAAUUGGGGUGGUCCUAGAGGACCCCCACCGUUUGGAGGCCCCUUUGGUGGAGGACAGGGAUUUUCAGAAUCCAGACCAGAACAACCACCUGCUUUGGAUCCUAAUGCAGAAAUUUGGGUAGAAACGAAAACUGCCGAAGGAAAAUCAUAUUAUUAUCAGGCCAGAACCCGCGAGACUACUUGGAACAAACCUGAAGGGCCUAAUAUUAAAGUUAUUACACAGAGUGAAGUUGAAGCUAUGGCUCAAUCUGCUACCACCAACACUCUGCCACAAAAUACCUCCACUGCUGCCCAGGCCGCUCUAGCACAAGCCAGUGUUACCAACAAACCUGAAAAUGACGAUCUGAAAAAAGACAACAAACCAGCAGGCAUGAUGCCACCAGGUAUGAUGGGUCCGCCGCCAGGCAUGGGCUACGGUGGCCCUCCUGGCUUUCCACCAUUUGGAAUGCCACCGUUUGGUAUGCCACCACCAGGACAAGGCCCACCUGGUUGGAUGCCAGGUGCGGCUCCAUGGGCUAUGCCACCUGGACUGAUACAACCAGUGAGUGUCCCCAGUGCCCUGCCAGCUAUUAAUGAAGCAGAAAUUUUGUCAAAAAUUGAUCCUAGUAUUAUUGAAAAAGCUCGAGAAUGGACAGAGCAUAAGGCACCCGAUGGACGGUUUUAUUAUCAUCAUGCUAAAAAAGGAGAGUCUGUUUGGGAAAAACCACAAGCCAUGAAGGAUUUAGAAAAUGCUAAAUUAGCUGCAGCCCAAGGAAUAUCCACUAGACAUCAGCGUAAAGAGGAGCCUAUGCCACAAUUGCCAUUAUCUAUUGUAGAGACAGGUAAGACUAGUUCGCAGGCAAAUGGAGAUGUGGCUGACAAAGAAGAACCUGUAAAGGACAAAGAAGCAGAGGCCAAGGAAAAAUUGGAAAAGUUACAAGAAGAGAUUAGGAAGAAGAAGGAGGAAGAGGAAAAGGAAAAAGAGAAAAAAGCUCAAGACAAAUCUAGGCCUGUUUCCAGCACACCAGUACCAGGAACACCUUGGUGCGUUGUUUGGACAGGAGAUGGCCGAGUCUUUUUCUAUAAUCCCUCUUCGCGUACUUCUGUUUGGGAACGUCCUGAGGAGCUAUUGAAACGCACUGAUGUGGAUAAAAUGGUUGCUACACCCCCUGAAGUUUUGGCCAACAUCAGUAAAGUAGAAACUCCAGAUAGUAAUAAAACAUCCGCUGUGAAAAACAAAAGGUCGUCAGACGAUAGUGAGAGUGAUGGUGAUGCAUCACCCGCGAAAAAGCCUAAAAUUGAUAUUGAAGAACCAGCUUCCAAUGGAAAUCAAAGUACCAAGAAAAUUGACAUAGGUAAAGAGGCUGCCAUUGAAGCUGAAGUGAGAGCUGCUAAAGAAAGGGCUGUCAUUCCACUUGAGACAAGAAUAUCGCUUUUUAAAGAAAUGCUGACUGAAAAACAAGUUUCUGCUUUCAGUACUUGGGAGAAAGAGUUGCAUAAGAUUGUGUUUGAUUCUAGGUAUUUGCUUCUGACAUCAAAAGAAAGGAAGCACGUGUUUGAAAAAUACGUCAAAGAUAGGGCAGAAGAAGAAAGACGCGAAAAGCGUAAUAAAUUAAGAGAGAAGAAAGAUGCCUUCAAAAAAAUGUUGAGUGAAGCUCAUUUACAUGGAAAAUCGUCCUUUAGUGAUUUUGCACAAAAGUACUCCAAAGAUGAACGUUUCAAGGGCGUGGAUAAAAUGCGUGAAAGAGAGGGCUUGUUCAAUGAACAUCUCAUUGAAGUGCGCAGGAAAGAGAAGGAAGACAAGUUUCAUAAAAGAGAAACGGUCAAAAAGGACUUUAUCGCCAUGCUGCGUGAACACACGGAUAUCGAUCGGCACUCGCACUGGUCCGACGUCAAGCGUAAAGUCGACUCGGACGCACGUUACAAGGCAGUGGACUCGCACGGCAUGAGAGAGGAUUGGUUCAGGGAGUAUUGUAAAAUGUUGAAAGAGGAAAAAAGACGUAGGAAGGAGGAAAGGGAACGGGAAAAGACCAAGGAGAAGCAUAAGAAGAAGGAUAAGGACAAGAAGGAGAAACGUGACAAAGACAAAGAAGGCCGAGAAUCGAAAACUGACGAUUCCAAAGAAGACGGAGCGGAAGAAGACAAAAAAGAUCAAGAAGAUGGCGGAGCGUCUGAUAAAGAUCAGGAAGGAGAAGAAGAAGAACGCGGCGAUCACAAUUCAGAAGAUGAAAAGGCCAAAGAAGAACGUGACAAAGAACGUCAAGCCAAAACAGAGGCUAGCCUCAAAAGACGCGAAGAAGAAGUGCAACGUACGCUGGCCACUCACAUGCGUGACAGAGAUAAGGAAAGGGAACAGCACAAACGAGACGAGGCUAGGCAGCAUUUCAACGCCCUCUUAGUCGAUUUGGUGCGCAACUCCGAACUAAGCUGGAAAGAAGUCAAAAGAAUCCUGCGCAAAGACCACCGGUGGGACUUGGCCGAUUCUCUAGCACGCGACGAAAAAGAGAAGUUGUUCAACGAACACGUCGAAGCUCUGCUGAAGAAAAAACGUCAAAGUUUCAGGGAAAUGUUGGACGAAACCGCCGAAGUAAAUCUUAUCAGUGGCUGGAAGGAAAUUAAAAAAUUAAUCAGGGACGAUCCGCGUUAUACUAAAUUUGCUUCUAGUGAGAGAUGCGAACGCGAAUUCAAGGACUAUUUGAAAGACAAACUUAUGAAUGCCAAAGGUCAAUUCAAGGAACUGUUGCAAGAGACUAAACUGAUCACUCACAAAUCUUUGACUAUGUUGCGAGAAAAUCAGAAUCAUAUGCAAGAAAUUGAGGAUAUACUUAAGAAUGACAAGAGAUUUUUGGUUCUUGAACACAUUCCUCAAGAACGCACCCAAUUGAUUUUGAAUUAUUUGGAAGAAUUGGAUCGGAGAGGACCUCCACCUCCGCCAACUGCCAGUGAACCCAACAGAAGAACUAAGUAA